AUGUUCAAGUUGGGAAUAUAUUAUCAAAACGUACGUUGGUUAAAAUCCAAGCUUCAAACAUUUAGAACCAACUUAACAAUAUUGGACGAUAUUAAUAUAGUUGCUAUUACAGAAACCAACUUAGACAAAUCAAUUCAUGAUUCAGAGUAUAAUAGCGUGACCAAUAUGAAUGAGAGAAUAUUAGAUGUGGUGCUCACCAGUGCUGACAUAAGUAAGGCCGUACGAGUGAGGGAAGCUACCCUGCAGGAGGUGAUCACUAAGAUCGACCCUCACCAUCCUCCCUUGAUGAUUGAAUUAGAGUACCCAUUUAGGAGUGAAGUACUUUUAAUUGAUCCUACAAAUAUAGAUAGCAAUUUACACUGGAAUUUCGCAAAAGGCGACUUUGAUCAACUUUAUAGUUUGCUAACGGAUACUGAUUUCAACGAACUUUACAAAAUCAAAGAUACUGACGCAGCUCUACAGUUUCUUUAUGGAGUCCUUUGUGCAAUAUUUGAUCAAUCCGUCCCGAAAAAAUCGCGAAAAACUGCACGUCAUAGAGUAUAUCCCGUCUAUUACACAAACACAAUAAUUUGUGAUAUAAAAAUGAAAGCUUUCUAUCAUAGAUUAUGGGAAAGUACUAGUGAUAUAUGUUUUUAUAGGAUAUUCUCAGAAUUGCGACGAAAAAUAAAAAGUGAUAUUAGCUCUGCAUACUCUAACUUUAUACACAGAAUUUCAACACAAUUGUUAACAGAACCAAAACAGUUCUGGUCAUUUGUUAACGCCUUGCGGAGUAAAGGUGCUGAGGAGAUUAAAGUCACACGAGCCGGUAAGGAGUAUCAGGGAGUCAAUAGUGCAAAUGCUUUUGCGGAGCAUUUCAGUUCAGUAUUUGUAGAUCAGGAGCCGCGCUUAGACUGGCAGAGUACCAAUGCCAAUUCGUACUCCCAUGCAAGGCAAGUGAAUAUACAAUGCUUCUUGGAGUCUCACGUCCGUACUUCUAUCAAAAACCUUAAGGCUGCUUCUUCGCCAGGACCUGAUGGAAUACCAGCAUAUACAGGUAACUAUCCCUCAGUAUGGAAGAAAUCUCGAGUUACUCCUAUUCUCAAAACAGGAUCCAAGACUGCGGUGGAAAACUAUCGGCCAAUAGCAAUUCUUUCAGCUUUAGCUAAAUCUUUUGAGAGUGCCUUGUACGACAUAAUCUUACCGCAGUAUAUUCCCUUCGUUACUGAGACGCAGCACGGGUUUCUCCCACGACGAUCAGUAAGCUCAAACCUUCUCCACCUUGUGGAUCUUGUAUCAUGGGAAUUAGAGCAAGGCAACCAAGUGGACGUCAUCUACCUGGACUUCCAGAAGGCGUUCGAUCGGGUUGAUAACGACGUCAUGUCAUGUCAUUCACAAAUUGGGGAUGAUUGGUUUCUCGCCAAAACUGUUAAAGCUUUUUGCAAAACGCGUUCUGGAAUUAGUCAGGGGUCUAAUUUGGGACCUUUGCUCUUUAUCCUAUUCAUAAAUGAUCUCCCAGAAGUCAUACAGGAUUCUGAGGUGUUACUGUUUGCUGAUGAUCUAAAGUUGGUCAAGGCAGUAAAGAGCUCAGAGGACUCCUUAUCUCUACAAAACGACUUAGAUCAGGUUUACAAGUGGAGUGUUGAUAAUAAGCUGUUUUUUAACCUGUCGAAAUGUGAAUUCAUGUCAUUCUCACGCUCCUCCGCCGUGCAAGAGUUCAAUUAUUUAAUUGGUGAUGUGCCGGUGAUGCGAGUACAGGAAGUACGAGAUCUUGGGGUUGUAUUCGAUCCUAAGCUCACGUUUCACUCACAUGUGGAGACUAUUGUUGAGGCUGCUUACCGACGGCUUGGAUUUGUUCUACGUAAUGCAUCUCAUUUAACGAACCAAGCACUUCGUAUCCUUUAUACGGCGCUAGUCCGUAGCAUUCUCGAGUGCAACUCAGUUGUUUGGAACCCACAUGAGAGCAAAAAUACUUUAAUGAUCGAACAAGUCCAAAAACAAUUCCUUAGACAUUUGUAUAAGAGGCAAUAUGGAUACUAUCCAUUUAUGUACCCAACACUCUUUUUGCAAGGACAUCUGAGCUUUGAUUCACUGCAGUUACGUAGGUACGUAGCUCUUACUAAGUUUGUUCUCAAAAUAAUUCGGGGCAGAGUGGACUGCGUAUACUUAUUACAUCGUUUGUUGCGUUUCUUUGUACCGACCUCGUACGUACGCGCGCGGCGACACGCACUAUUAGCGCAGCCACCUGCACGCACUCAAGCGCAUAAGCACACGCCUGUAAUACGAGCCAUCUGUCUUCUAAACUCUGUACUUGAGGUAGCACCACAGUGUGAUCUAUUUGCCAGCUCGAUGGAAUGUUUGGUCAAAGAAUCUGCAAUGGAGGUUCCAUACUUCGACUCUGUCUCCAAUAAUUUUCAGCAGUAUCUGGAUAAAAUACCGCUAAAAACGAAAUCCAGUACAGUGGAAUGUGGACAUUUAUAUUAA